UUACGAGUACUUUUAGCACCGUCGAAAUCGUGUCACACGUGAAAAUGAGACGUGCUUAAUCAUACAUACGUACAAUAAACCGCGUACAGCCAAAACAAAACCUGCGCUAGACGUUUACACCACGUUUAUGAACCUAUACUAAACUUAACACAUAUCUCAUAUUUCACAAACUCGGUCGUGUCCUCUGUCGACGUCGUUGCCACUCAAAACGCUCAAAACCACUUGUUUGCAUUUCCACUUGCUGUCAAACUUUUUGGCGUAUCAGCAUAUUGGUGUUAAUUUCACGGAUGUGAAUUUCCGUUUAUUUAUUCCACUGAAACCAUGCAGUGGUCAAUACGCCGCUUCUACACAUGUGUUUUGUGCUUCGGAGGCGUGAUACUUGUCUUCCUCGUCUACCAUCCUCGCAGCCCUAUUUACAGUUCAAGGUUUGGGAUUGGUGCAGAUUUUUCUACCGGUAGCACUUCUCACACGUGUAAACCCGUCCCUGAUCUGAACAAUUCGCACACAAAACGAAACUGGUACCUUUGCGGGGGCACUGAAUUUCCCGAGAAAACGCCAGGACCACACAAGAUUUUCCCUCAAGAUGAUCCUGGAGAUAGAGUGCUAGAGCAAUUGAUGUACUUGCCUGAUAACUAUGAAGGUUACAAUAGUACUGAAAAAGUAAUACUGGUCUAUAACGACCUUGGUGACUGGAAUAAUGUAAAAAUCAAAACGGGUGCGUUCCAUGGUUGUCCUGUAAACCGAUGUGUCCUGACGGAUGAUAAAUGGCGCGCGGUAGACGCGGAUGCCAUCAUCUUCAGUGAUGCCUUCAAGCAUCCUGGCGUCUACCGCCCGCCCAACCAACUAUGGAUGUUGUACUUCCUUGAGAGUCCCAAGCACACAAAACCGCUUAAAUACCCCGAGCUCUUCAACUGGACUCUCACCUACCGGAGAGAUUCUACGGUUGUUGAUCCGUACAGAAGAUGGAUGUAUUAUAAUCCCAAAGUCCGUCAAAAACACCAGGAAAUGAAUUACGCCGCCAAUAAAACCAAAAAAGUCGCAUGGUUCGUCUCCAAUUGCAAAGCGGCCAACAAACGACUGGAGUACGCACUUGAACUCUCCAAAUACAUCACCGUGGACAUCUUCGGCUAUUGCGGUCCCUUCCGAUGUCCACGCCAUGACGAGAAUGCCUGCUUCGAAUUACUAGAACGCGAUUACAAGUUCUAUCUGGCAUUCGAAAAUUCUAAUUGCCGCGAUUACAUCACCGAAAAACUCUACGUGAACGGCCUCGGUCACAAUGUCCUUCCAAUUGUAAUGGGUGCCCAUCCAUUGGACUACCAAUACAGUGCUCCCGAAAAGUCCUACAUACACGUCGACGAAUUUAGCGGGCCCGCCGAGCUCGCCACGUAUCUGCAUCACUUAGAUAAGAAUGACAAUGCCUACAACGCCUACUUUCGCUGGAAGGGCACAGGCGAAUUUAUAAGCACCUACUUCUGGUGUCGACUGUGCACUAUGCUCCACGCUCCUACACAGGACAAACACUAUUAUAAUAAUGUGAACACUUGGUGGCGUGGUGAUGGCAUAUGCACCAACAAGUCGUGGACUACUGAUGGUUACUAGUAGUGUGUAUAAUCUAUGGUUGCUAGUUCCUCGUGCCUUGCGUAUCGAAACACGUUGGUUUCGAAUAACCCCAUGAAAAGUUAUUUAUUUUCGUAAUAUUUUAUAAUAUGGCACAAACAUAGGCAAACGACUAAGGAGUCAAUUAAUCAAAAGCACGACAUACAAGUUACUGGGGGGUGCAGUGUAUAAAUCAGUUGCGCUUAUAACAAAGAGUAAUCCUUUCUUAUACGUACAUAAUAACGUGCAUCUCAUUUUGAUAUUAUGGCAUCAUUUGUAAAACGUCCUUACUUGUUUUGUUUUUAAAUACUGAUCCAGUCUAGCUGACUUCCUACGCUUAAUUUACGUUUAACUUUAAACAUGGCUGCAAAAGCGCUCACAAUUUACAAAAGUGUUUCUGUUUGUGUGUGUUAUUAGAUAAUGUUUUGUAUAAAUAUUGUCAUCGAUGAACCAUCGCUUCUCUGUAAAUAAUGUUUGUACCGACUGAUAGAGACACAAAACGUGUUUUACAAAUACACACAUGCCAGUGAAAAACCGAA